CGUUACGAUCCGAAUCCAAUAAAUGAUGAAUACUCCAGUCUGCAAUCCGGAAGUACCAUGUGUGCAUCCCAUUCCUGGAGGGAUGUUCCCUGGCCGCAUCGUCAGAGUGAAGGGGAACACUCCUCCCACAGCAAAGAGGUUCGCCAUAAACUUACAAUGUGGUCCAGGCCAGUAUCCUGUAGAAGAUAUAACCUUCCAUUUAAAUCCUUGCUUCACUGAGAUGUGUAUCUUUCGGAACCAUUUCGCUGAUUCUACUUGGGGCGUUGAGCAGACCAUAGGGGGUCUGCCACUGAACAUCGGAGACCCCUUUGACAUUCUUAUUCAUUGCUAUCAUGAUGGCUUUAAGGUGGCGUUGAACCGAAAACAUUUCUGCAAGUUUUCUCAUCGCCUGCCGUUCCACAAGAUCACCCACGUUAUGGUGGACGGCGACGUCGUCAUACAGCAGAUCGCCUUCGAGGGGCCUCCACCACUACAACAGGAGAACGUGAUGGAGUUGCUUGGAGGCAAUUUAAACAACAUGGCGGAGGGCGGUGACGUCAAUCAGCAAUGCAAGUGCAAAGGGACACGAUAUAAGGAGAUUUAUAUAAAAGUCCUGUGUGUCCAACCAAUACCUGGAGGUAUGUUCCCCGGUCGCAUAAUCAGAGUGAAGGGUAGCACUCCUCCUAAAGCGAAGAGAUUUGCGAUUAACUUAAAAUGCGGUACGAAGGGGUUUCCUCGCGACGACAUCGCUUUCCACUUCAACCCUCGCUUCGAUCUGAAGCAUAUUGUUCGCAAUCACUUCGAUUCCUCAAUAGAGUCCUGGGGUGAUGAAGAAACUGGUGGAGGCUUGCCACUAAAUCGUGGAGAAUGUUUCGAAGCUCUGAUUCAAUGCUACUACGACUGCUUUAAGGUGGCGCUAAACGACACUCAUUUCUGCGAGUUCUCCCACCGUAUCCCGUACCAUAGGGUGUCACACGUCAUGAUCAAAGGUGACGUCAUUUUACAGCAGAUCACCAUCGAGGGGACACUUCUACAGCAAGUUAACAUGACUAAUUUGGACCCCAAGAUGCACUGGAAAUACCCUGCAUGUGCCCCAUUCUUAAGGGAAGUGCCGCCUGUGCAUCCCUUCCCUGGGGGUAUGUACCCUGGGCGCACAAUCAGAUUGAAGGGUACAAUCCCUCCCGAAGCGAAAAGGUUUGCGAUAAACCUGCAAUGUGGACCCAAGAUAUAUCCUCGUGAAGACAUAGCCUUUCAUUUCAACCCUCUCUUCGGGGCGGCGCGUGUUGUCUGCAAUCACUUCUUGUCUUCGGAUUGGGGUGACGAGCAACUGAUUAUUGAAGACUUACCGUUGAACUGUGGAGCCUCAUUCGAAGUUCUCAUUGUUUGUUUUCUGCAUUGCUUUAAGGUGGCGUUGAACAGAGAACAUUUUUGCGAGUUUCAUCACCGCAUCGCGUUUCAUAGGGUUACACACAUCUCAGUUGAUGGUGACGUCAUAGUACAGCAGAUCGCCUUCGAGGGGGCUUCACCGCCGCAGGAAACAUACAUGACUACUACUGACCCCCUUACCGUGGUGGACAGAUGUCAUGCAGGAAUAUAG